AAAAUAGCGAGAAGAUGCCUAAUAUAAUUCGUGCUGUUUUUCUUCAUGAGCAGUAUCUUUCUUUAUAAUUGCCAUUCUCAUCUUCUCGUCAUUCAAGGAAAACGAAAUAGGACACUAGGGCAUAGGCAUUCUUUGGACUUCAUAGGCUUGUGCUGCAAGCCGCUUUUAUGCGGCUGCAGGCAAGAACAAGGACAAGCGUCAGAAGUGAGUCGUGAGUGUGACUGUAACGAGCCAAAAAGACCAAGAGUAAAACGAGACGCUGCAGGUACAACUACGACGAACGACAACAGCCUCACGUUCUGGGUAAAGAACUCUCGUGUGACCGUGGGGGUAACCCUUGCUGUCGCGCAGGGAAUCUUCCUCUUUUUUUUCCCAGACGAGCUACAGACUCUUACUCGUAUCAAACCUGCGGUGGUGGUCAAGAAGAUGCCAGAGCAGGCUGCGAGAAAGAGUAAAGUUGUGCCGAGGAGGGGCUCAAGAUGUACCGGAUUCAGGACAUUGCAGGCGUUGGAAGAUGGUACUUUCUUUGUGAGUUUUCAAAUAAAGUAAGUCGAAAUCCUCUACAAGUGUAACGACCUCUAUGAAACCAAAAUCUGUUAUCAUUAUCGUACUUUUCUACUUCAAAAACUUGAUAAUGAUAACAGAUUUUCUUUUCAUAACCUCAUCUCCACUUGCUCCAGGUCUCUUCGCCACCUACACAACGCAGAAGAAACGGGAGAUGAAUCGAGAGCGAACAGUAGGAUCAAGGCAGGGGCCGAGGCAGAUGUUCUCAUAUAGACCACCCACUACGAAGCAGUGCAGCAUAGUCCCUAGAUCGAAUUGUCCAUCAGCGUUGAAAGAUGGUCGAUUCAGCUUUUUUAGGGACUUGAGGCCACCGUUUACGGUGACUGGGGUACCUAUUCUUUAGUAUAGAAUGAAAGGACCGGAAACAGUGCUGACGUUUUUCUUCGAGCAGUCUUUCUCUUUGUCUUUGCUUUGUUAGAACUUCUUGACCAUCUAUGCCGAUUCAUUCACCUGCUAAAAUACAACACCAGCUCGCCGUCCUCGACGAUCAAUCAGGCGAGUUCCAACGCUUGCAAGAGGAGUCGCCAGAGUUGAGGAAAGUGCCCUUAGCAGAGCUCAAUGAGGUCUACAAAAUCGAAUGGGAAGCAUAUUUAGGGUACGACAUAGAAAGAAAUUUCACGGACAUAGAGGACCGGAGAAUAUACGGCUGCGCGGUAGUCAAAGUGCCCUUAGGAUACAAGGGCGGACCGCUUUUGGUACUGUACUUACACCUACCUGUACUUGUCGUACUAGAGGACGAUGAAAUAGAUUUAUUUUGAUAUUAAUAAGGUCUGUCUCUUUUCUAGUUAGGUCGGCUCCACCACAACAAAUAUUGAUAAGAAUAAGUUGUUUCAGUAGGCUUGUUUCUAGUUUCUAAUUCUAGGCUACUAGUGUUCGUUCCUCUACAGGUUUUUUCCUGGGGUACGCCAUCUUGCUUUGACAAGAAGCUUGAAUUCCUCUUCAAACCUGAAAGCAAGAAGUUCUUCGGACCGACGAAGGGGAAGAUGCCACCGGGUACUUAUACGAGUCGUGACCUUGUUGUUUUUCAGAUCUUGUUCUUGUGAUUCUUUUCCAUUGAUUUGGUGAUAAAAAUUGAUUUGGUGAUGAAAACAUUUUCAGUCUGUAGUCUUCACACGAUACUUCUAAUCCUUCUAAUCCUCCACCACCUACUGACUACCUACAACUACAUCAGAUCAAGCUAGUCUUAACCGAUCUCAGCGAUUAGGAGGGUCAUCUCCGACGAGUCGGUUUUCUAGUGACGCGGCAUCAACCGCUGCCUCAUGGAAUGUGUCUGCAAACGACAGCUUCGACGCCUCAACAACAGCUGGCUCUGCACAUUGGCCGACUGUGCCAUUUGGUACUGUAUCCGAAUUAGGUUUAGAAGUCGUCCUCGGUUAGUCGUGUACAUCAAUGACGAGGAACAGUUGAUGAUGUCUUUCUUGUCUACUUAUUUGAUUAUCGAAGAAGCUCAAAGUCAAAACCCUGGAUCAUGAGUAUUUUUUCAAUUUCAAUCAUCCUCUCGAGGAAUGUACUACUGCAAAUCGAAGUGAAAGAACUUGAACUCGAUCCAUCGUCCCCAUCGUUCUUCUCUUAUAUUAAUUAAAUAAGUAGAUUGUAUACCCAGGUCGGCGCACCCCCUUCGUUCGAACGGGUGCAACAACCGCCGCCUCUGAUCCUGGCACGACGAGAGCCUCACCAGCAUCCUCACCUCAGGAGCAGUACUAUGGUAAUCUUGGCGGAGGCUUAUCACUGAAAGGCAGCCCUGUGGAAAGUCAGGGUGGCGGUCUCAGUUAAGGCUUCCCCUGUAAUCCAUCCGUGUUCCUGUAGAGGUCCCUCAAACAUAUGCGCCCCAAUUAUAGAUAGAGAUACAACCAAUAUACUGACGCGGCAUAUGCUUAAGGGAAUUCCAAAGGGAUGAAUAGGGGAGAGCUCUAAUUCAGCAUGAGAUCGAGUCCGUUGGAUAGUUCAAAUAUGUCCUGGUCACCGAGAACAAGAGCGCACUCAGCGGAAGGAAAUCCCAGUAUUAAGGCUCGACUUUCAUUGGUCAUCGAAGUUGGUCACUGAAAUCGAAGAGAGUCCCCUCGAUAGAACAGGGGAAAAUGAAGGGAACAAAGGGGAGAGCCUUGGAAGGGUCUCUUCCGUUCAGAGUCAGUGACCAAUGAAUGCUGAGCUUUAACAAUAGCUUUGCACGAAAGCAGAAGCUCAACAGGACAGGCGUCAACUUAGUCACGGGGUGGAAGAAGUUGGAUGAGAAUAGCCGGUGCUUGAUAUUUUUUUUUUAUUUCCUCGCUCUCUUGGAAAUGGAAUUGGAUUUGGAACAUGAACAUCAACAUCAACAUAGACAUGCUAGCACCUGGUCAGGUUGAAAAUGAAGUUGAGAAAGCAUCGAUCAUACUACGGCCGGAUAAGUACCUCCAUCAAUGUCGUAUUCGUAUCUCGUCUUUCUCACGUAGUUCUAAUCGAUCAUUCCGAUCCACGAACUCCACUUCAAACUCAACACAGCGGCAUAUCUUUCACGGGCUCUCUUUCCGUCACAAAUCGCGUUCUGUCGGACAAUUUAUUCGCAUCCACGGGACACGAGCUAGGCUUUUUCCAGCACACUAGGGUUUUUGACGUGAAGACGAACAGUUGGAAGCCCGCGAGAAAGAGUCAGAAAUGCCGCUACCGGGAUCCGGAUUUUAGGUCGAACUGCAUGCACGCAUCAAAAAUCAUGAGUAGUGACCGGAAACCUUUUUUGAGCGUGCUGUUGUAGUAAGGUAGUAGAGGAACUCCUGCUUUCUCAAUCACGAUCUACUGUAAAGCAUCGAAGAUUCUCUUCAUUCUAGUUUCUCCUGUCAUAAGCAAAUGCAUCAGAGUCCCCUUGUUACUCCUUAGUCGGAAAAACAAACAGUAUUCUUAAUUAUAGCAAUGCUCCUUAAGAAGUUGUCAUAUUCUUAGUCAAUGAACAAGUCUAACACUUCUCACUGAAGAAUCCCAAUUAGCUUUUUCUGUUUCCUAUCUCAUCAAAGUUUCCUUCUUGUGUUGUUCACAUGGUAUUGUUCAUUAUCAACUCAUGAUUGCCGUUUCUUUGUGUAAAUAAUGGAAGCAAUUGUCACAAUAUCAAUAUACGAAGGUGCACUUCUUGUAGGUCCCGCAACUGUAAUUCAUCUACGAAACAACUACAACAUAGCCAACAUCAUCCAUCGACCACGCCGGAGCAGCCUCACCAUGUGUAGUUUCCAGAUAUCCGCCUUUUAAUGUCAAACUUGUUAUUGGUAGUUUCCUGUCAUAAUACUAGUACGCCUAUGCCUCCACGCCACAAUCCAAAAAAUGAUCUGCAUAUCAUCCACAUUUCUAAUUGCCAGAGCCGUACAGACCUCCAACUCCACAAAGACAUACGUAUCAUAGUCCCCUGUCCUGCUACGCAGACAAUAAUAGAUGCUCUGCGUGAGCUUGGACAUCAGACAUUUAGAAUGGGCGGGCUGCUGCUCAGAUAUUGUUCAUCUACCUCUAGGUUUACCACAGCUCAUUUCAAGCACUGCUCUCUCCGCUACCGCUUCAGAGCUAAUUUAUAGUUAUACGACCAAAAAAUGGUCCUCCUGGCGGCGAUGGCCGAUGAAGCGGUAUGAUGUGUCCAGCUCAUGAUCUGAUGGAUCUGUGCAUCAUUAU